CUUAGCUGCACCCAGCAUCUACAAAUCCCAGCAACCCGAGUCUGUCCUUCGAUAUUUCUUUUUCCUUCUGGCAGCACAGCGGUCAUGCAGCCUAGCUCCAAAGGAAGACUUUCAAGCCCCCUUGUCAGCGGAGCCUUAAGGUGAACUGCUGUAAGAUCCCAGCCCUGUAGUGUGGGAAGAGCCAGCCCAGAGCUUGGAGAGGCCAGAGCUGUCUACAUUGUGCAGCCCACGCGACAAUGUCUCCCAGCCUUCAGGAAGGUGAUCGCCUUGGGGAAAGCAAACCCUCCUUCUGCUCCUUUUCAAUUGCAAGCAUUUUAGGACUGGACCAGAAGAAAGACUGUGUUCCAUCAAUGAAACCCCAUAGGCCUUGGGCAGACACCUGCGGCUCCUCAGAGAAAGAUGUUAACCUGUGUCUACUUGUCCCGAGUCUUCCUAAUGGGAUCUUAUUUCCAUGGACUGUGGAUCACCCAGUGGCAGAAGAAAGAGUUUUGAAAUAUGAAAAUUACUUUUCAGCCUCAGAAACACUGUCUUUGAAAAGAGAGUUGAGUUGGUAUAGAGGCAGAAGACCAAGAACUGCUUUUACUCAAAACCAGAUUGAAAUGUUGGAAAAUGUCUUUAGAGUAAACUGCUAUCCUGGCAUUGAUAUCAGAGAAGACUUAGCUAAAAAAUUGAAUUUAGAAGAAGACAGAAUCCAGAUCUGGUUCCAAAAUCGGCGUGCAAAACUGAGGAGGUCCCAUAGAGAAUCACAGUUUCUAAUGGCGAAAAAAAAUUUCAACACAAAUUUCUUGGAAUAGAUAGAAAACUAAUCUUGUGAAAUUAUCUUCCAAUUUCAGAACAUGAAGAGUUCAUGGAAAUAUCAAGUUUUUAAAAAGUGAUGUUUUCUGCAUUUAAUCUGAAUAUUGUCAUUUUUUUCUGAAAAUAUAUUGUAAAUAAUUACUAUUAUAUCAUGGUAUCUAUUAUCCUUAGGCACUUUUAGAUAAAGGCCUUUCCUAUAUAUUUUAAUAAACGUUUUCAGAAAAAGCCAGGUAUUUUUUAAGUGUGCAAAUUUAAUCUAAUAAAUUAGUUUGCUGAAAUCA